AUGGCGGCCGAGAAGAGGAAAGCCAUGGGUGUGAGCGAGAUCACCACCGAAGCUGCCUUCCGAGAAGCUAUCGCGGGCCAUGCUGUGGUUUUGGUGUACUUCAGCUAUGGUCCAAGAACAGCGGAAGCGCCGUUCUCACUCGGUGAUGAAUUUGACCCGCAAUUCCAAGAAUUCGGUGAGUCAGAGGAAGUGAUUCCCCCGUUAUGCAGAGUAACCCACGCCGAUGCAACACGGGAAAUUUUCGCAAGCACGGGAAUUAGCAGCGCGGAUGGUGGCAGCUUAGCUCUCUACAAAGAGGGCACGCAGCUCGCGAAUGUCUCGCUGAAGGCUUUGCAUGAAAGUGAGGAGCUUGAAGAAGAAAUUGCUCGGUGGCUUUCUGGAUCCUUUCCGACGGAGCAUCAAACUCCGGAAGCCACCGAUGCCGUCCCUCCUCGACCGCAGCCUGCACCCACAGCAGCAAGCCCUGUUCUGGGACAGACAGACAGCCGGAGCUACUUGCGGCGCUGCGCCAAAAGGACAACCGCCAGGACAAACGGCCGGAGCUACAUGCGGGGCUGCCCCGAAAG